AUGUUAAAACAGCAAAUCAAGAAGAGACUGCUUCACCAAUCCAAUAGUAGUAUUAUUCUAAUGCCCAACCCUCUCAAGUCUAAAUCCAUCUUGACUGACACAGGAAAAAGAUACUUUUCAGUGAAGGAAAAUGUUGCUGGCAUUCCAGGGCUCUACAAAGUGAAUAAUUUCAUAUCGGAGAAGGAACAUGAUCGAUAUUUGGUCAGCUUGAAGGAUAUUCAUGAGCAAAUCGAUGACUUUAUCAAGAAUUCUCCAAAGGAUCUUCAAAUCUCUCAAUAUCACAAUCUUACCAGUCAGGAAUCAUUUCAGAAAGUUAAAGUUGAUCAAGAUGGUAAGCCAAUUUAUGUUGAGGUAUUUGAAAAGUAUGGAGAAGAAGGUCACAUGUUGGUCUAUUGUAAAAAUUCAAACAUUCCUCCAUUUAUUUCUAAUGAAUUAUAUGACAAGUUCAAUCAAGAUCUUCUCAAACAAAUUGUACUGCAAAAUGUGAAAAAUCCAAAUAGUAUUGAUUGGAGAAUUACAUUGAAUUAUUACACUCCCAUUGAGAAUGGAGAUUCAAAACAAUAUUCUGGAUUUCCAUUCCAUAGAGAUAUUGCUUCAAAUGGAAAUUUAACAGCUAUUCUAUCAUUGGGUGAUUAUGGACUACUCCAAUUUAAGGAGUCAUCAGUUGAAUACGAAGGAUUCAGUCCUAGGAAAAACAAUUAUGAAACAACAUCAUUAUUGAAUGAAAAUCCACAAUCUAAUGAUCCAGAUCAGCAAAAAAUGUCUUCAUCAUCAGAACAGGAAGAUUCAGCGGGAAGAUCUCAUCUGAUCAAUGAUACAUCAUCAGUGUUAAGCUACUCUACUGGUAAUAAUAAUAAUAAUUUAGAGGAGCAAGUUAUACAACAACCAACCCGAAUAGAUUAUGGUGCUUUUAUGAGUACAACAACAACAAAUAAUAAUAGAAAUACAACGAGUAUGGAAAAGGGAGAGGACCAUCAAAAUGUUAUAAUAGAAGAGCAUGAUGUACAAUUUGAUAAUAAUUCAAAGGCUUCUUCAUCGGGAGUAACUCCAAGAAAUUUAACAUCACCUAAUUCAGCAUCUCUUCGGGAUAGAGUUUCUAACAUCACUGGAAUGUUUACGAAUAGGAUUGCUUCAUUCAAGAGGAAGAAUGUUGUACCACAAUCGGAUCAUGAAGACAAUAGCUUGUUACCAUCGAGUAAUGUAAAUAAUGGAAAUGCUUAUUAUUUGGCCCCAUUGCCCAAGUGUGAUUGGGAGGUGAACACACCAACAAAACUUGGAGAUAUGUAUGAUGAUGUAUUCAAUUACAUGUUCAUGUUUAUGCCUCCUAAUCAACUGGUAAAAGUUGGAUCAAUUAGUAAGAGAUUUAGAGAUUUGUCGAGUAAGGAUGACAUUUGGUCACCAAUUUACAAUUCCUUUGAUUUUGAGGUUGUGGAGAAAGAUCCCUCCAUAAACACUGGCUUUAGAACGGAAUUUAUCAAGAAACUUCAUGAAAAGAACACUCUCACAAAGAGAAGAAAAUAUGCAGAGGAAGAAUUACCAUACAGCACUAUCAAACAAGCGUGUUUUCAAGUUUCGUACGGAUUUAUUGCUCCUCAACUAUUUCUGACCAGUUUCUUAAUAUUCUUAAUAUUGGUUCCAUUAAUAAUGGAUGAUUUUAUUAAUAUUUCUAUGGUUGGAUAUUGUACUUUACCAUUCUUCUUUGCAUUGGGAUGUUUUGCCUUUUUAACUUAUUGCCUCAUUAUGGAUCCUUUUUAUUUGCAUCCAAAGAGGAAGAAACUCAUUGAUAUUAUUCCAAAUAAUACUAAUAAAAAUCCGAUGACAUCUCCUCAGAAUCAAAAUACUUAUUCAAAUGUUCCUACUUUACAAAUUCCGUUACUGUCACAGUAUCAGCAAUUCAAAUAUUGCUCAUAG